AUGAUAAAAGCUGAAAAGAGAGAACAGGAAAAGAGAGAACAGGGAAAGAGAGAACAGGAAAAGAGAGAACAGGAAAAGAGAGAACAGGAAAAGAGAGAACAGGAAAAGAGAGAACAGGAAAAGAGAGAACAGGAAAAGAGAGAACAGGAAAAGAGAGAACAGGAAAAGAGAGAACAGGAAAAGAGAGAACAGGAAAAGAGAGAACAGGAAAAGAGAGAACAGGGAAAGAGAGAACAGGAAAAGAGAGAACAGAAAAAGAGAGAACAGGGAAAGAGAGAACAGGAAAAGAGAGAACAGGGAAAGAGAGAACAGGGAAAGAGAGAACAGGGAAAGAGAGAACAGGGAAAGAGAGAACAGGGAAAGAGAGAACAGGGAAAGAGAGAACAGGGAAAGAGAGAACAGGAAAAGAGAGAACAGGAAAAGAGAGAACAGGGAAAGAGAGAACAGGAAAAGAGAGAACAGGGAAAGAGAGAACAGGAAAAGAGAGAACAGAAAAAGAGAGAACAGGGAAAGAGAGAACAGGAAAAGAGAGAACAGGGAAAGAGAGAACAGGAAAAGAGAGAACAGGAAAAGAGAAGAGAACAGGAAAAGAGAGAACAGGAAAAGAGAGAACAGGAAAAGAGAGAACAGGAAAAGAGAGAACAGGAAAAGAGAGAACAGGAAAAGAGAGAACAGGAAAAGAGAGAACAGGAAAAGAGAGAACAGGAAAAGAGAGAACAGGAAAAGAGAGAACAGGAAAGAGAGAACAGGAAAAGAGAGAACAGGAAAAGAGAGAACAGGAGAACAAAGAGAGAACAGGAAAAGAGAGAACAGGAAAAGAGAGAACAGGAAAAGAGAGAACAGGAAAAGAGAGAACAGGAAAAGAGAGAACAGGAAAAGAGAGAACAGGAAAAGAGAGAACAGGAAAAGAGAGAACAAGAGAGAACAGGAUUAUAUGUGAUUAUUUCUACAAUUAUAUACUUAAGAGACCCACCAAAGUACAGACUUAGAGACCCACCAAAGUUCAGACUUAGAGACCCACCAAAGUUCAGACUUAGAGACCCACCAAAGUUCAGACUUAGAGACCCACCAAAGUUCAGACUUAGAGAACCACCAAACUUCAGACUUAGAGACCCAGCAGACAAGUUCAGGUUCUCGUCAAAGCCUGAAGUAAAUACAGAGAAGCGACCAACGAAGAACUUGGGAAAAGCAACAGAAAUAAUAAUAGAUGGAAAUUAA